AUCUUUUUCUUACGCUAAGAAGCGAGGGAAAGAUGAGGAAAGAUCUCCGCCACUGCCGUGUUGAGCCUUCCACAACCUCUCCGCCGCCGUAGCUGCAAGCCUGCAACUGAAGCUGAGACUCAAUUCUCAUGGCACUAACUCAAUGCAGCACUACCCUUCGCAAAAACCCACAAACCUAACCCCCAAUUCUGUCUCCUGCAAGCUUCUUGGCUGCGAAACGGAUCAGAACAAGAUCGGCGCACCAUCACCGAUGAGCAAAAAUUGUGUCUGCCACGGGGGCGGCGAUGGCGACGCCGCUUUGUUAGAUUCGCUGCUGUGUGUCUCGGGUUCAAGACUGAUUCGAGCAGGGCUUGCCAAAAAUUGUGCAGAUUACAUAGUGAUGUUUGUGAAUGCUGGAGGUGGAGCCCUUGAAGAAGGACAUUCCAGUUUCAAUGCAAAGCCCGAUAUGUAUUUUCAAGGAGGGGAUGUUUUAAGAACUGAUGAAAUUGUAAUUGAAGGCGGUGAUUUUCCCUCCAUUUAUCAGUCAGCAAGGUUUGGGGACUUCUAUUAUCAAUUCAACAGUCUAUCCCCUGGAGACUAUUUUGUCGAUCUUCAUUUUGCAGAAAUCAUAAACACAAAUGGUCCAAAAGGAAUGAGGGUCUUUGACGUUUUUGUGCAAGAAGAGAAGGUCAUAUGUGAAUUGGAUAUCUAUUCCGUAGUUGGUGCCAACAGGCCAUUGCAAUUAGUGGAUAUCAGAGUUUCUGUGGGGGAGGAUGGGUCGAUUGUAACAAGGUUUGAAGGAAUUCAUGGAAGCCCAAUAAUUAGUGCAAUUUGUAUCCGCCGAGCACCAGAAUUACUUGAAUCUCAGGUGGAACAUGGGUAUCUUAUCUGCAACAACUGUGCUGCUGAGAUUGAGGUUACUUCAGCUCAGAAUAAACUAAUAAGAACAAAAUAUAUGGCCAAGUACGAAAAGAAAAUAGAGGAGCUGAGUACCAAGUGCCACAUCAAGACCAAAGAAUGCUAUGAGGCCUGGAUGUCACUGACAGCUGCAAAUGAGCAGCUAGAGAACACUAGGACAGAACUUGACAGCAAGUUCUUCCAAUAUUACAGUCUAGAUCAAGCUAUGGAAAAACAAACAGCGCAACUGAGGUAUGUUUCCAGUAGGUAUGCUCAGGAUAAGAAGCACUGGUCUGCAGCCAUCAAUGACUUGGAAAGGAAAAUAAAGAAUCUGAAGCAAGACCAUUCUCAGCUCUCUCAGGAGGCACACAAGUCUGCUGAUUCAACUCCUCAAUUGAAUAAGAUGGCCUGUGCAGUACAAGCAUUGGUUUCACAGUGUGAUGAAUUCAAAUUGAAGUACUGUGAGGAGCAGGCAAUGAGAAAGAAGCUUUAUAAUGAAGUUCUGGAAGCAAAAGGGAACAUCAGGGUGUUUUGCAGAUGCCGCCCGUUAAGCAGGGAGGAGGUAUCAGCAGGACAGGCAGCAGCCAUAGAUUUUGCUGCAGCGAACGAUGGAGAUAUUGGGGUACUUACAGGUGGCUCCACAAAGAAAAUUUUCAAACUUGAUCGAGUUUACAUGCCGAAAGACAAUCAAAUUGAUGUGUUUGAGGAUGCCUCACCAUUGGUCAUUUCAGUAUUAGACGGAUACAAUGUUUGUAUAUUUGCAUAUGGGCAGACAGGGACAGGAAAGACUUUCACAAUGGAGGGUACUGAGCAGAACCGAGGAGUCAAUUAUAAGACUUUGGAGCAUAUCUUUAGAACUUCCAACCAACGAAAAGAGUCAUUUGCAUACAACAUAUCCGUUAGUGUGCUUGAGGUUUACAAUGAGCAAAUCCGGGACCUGCUUGCUGCAUCACCAACAUCAAAGAAGUUGGAGAUAAGGCAAGCUUCUGAAGGGGUUCAUCAUGUACCAGGGAUUGUGGAAGCGAAAGUUGAGAACAUUAGGGAGGUAUGGGAUGUGUUGCAAACUGGGAGCAAUGCUAGAGCUGUGGGAUCAAACAAUGUGAAUGAGCACAGUAGCCGUUCUCAUUGCAUGCUCUGCAUAAAGGUAGAAGCAAAGAAUUUGAUAAAUGGUGAAUGCACAAAGAGCAAGCUAUGGCUUGUGGAUUUGGCAGGCAGUGAAAGACUAGCAAAAACUGAGGUGCAAGGGGAACGGCUCAAGGAAGCACAAAACAUCAAUAGGUCACUUUCAGCUCUUGGGGAUGUGAUAUCUGCUUUGGCAACAAAAAACAGCCACAUUCCAUACAGGAAUUCCAAGCUUACACAUUUACUUCAAGAUUCAUUAGGUGGCGACUCCAAAGCAUUGAUGUUUGUUCAAAUUAGUCCUUUAGAGCGAGAUCUGUGUGAGACUUUAAGCUCGUUGACAUUUGCAACUCGCGUUCGAGGAGUUGAGUUGGGUCCUGCAAAGAAGCAGAUUGAGACUGGAGAGAUUCAAAAGUUGAGAAUGAUGCUUGAUAAGGCAAAGCAAGAAUCCAAAUCCAAAGAUGAUGCCUUACAUAAGCUAGAGGAGAAUUGUCAUAACUUGGAUGGCAAGGCAAAAGGAAAGGUUCGAAUUUGUAGAAAUCAACAGGAGAAGAUUAAUGAACUAGAACACCAGCUAGGGUGCAAGACACGGUUAUGCAGACAGCUUGAGCAGCAGCUCUUACAACUUUUGGAGCAAGUGAGAGUGAAGGAAGAAAUUUCCAUGGCUCUUCAAGAAAAGGUGAAGAUAGUAGGGGAUAAGCCAAAAAAGCAUGGGAAUGAGGAGGUCAUGACUCUUCAACACAAGGUUAAUGAGCUUGAAAACAAGUUGAAAGAGAGAGGACAAGAGUUCGAGUUUCAGGCUGUGAUCCUUAAACAAAAGGUCAAGGAUCUUGAAAGCAAGCUGAAAAUGCAAGGUGACAACCAGGGAGCUGAUAACCUACUUCAUCGAAAGAUCAAAGAACUUGAAGAGAAACUGAGGCAAGAGAAACACAUGGAGAAAAACCCACCACGGCUAUGUUCUGCUGAAAAACUGAGCACCACCCCUCAUGAAGGGAAAACCUGGCGAAGAGUGGAAACUGUAAGCAGUGUGGAACCUCCAAAUCCAAGGAGCAUAAACUCUAGUGGCCACUCACUGAGCCAGGGGUCUGCCUUGCUUAAAGGAACAGACUCCCUCCGCGAGUUGGGAAGGAAAAGAGAGUUACAAAGCAGAGGGAUGGAAAACAACUUCUUAUUAUCAGCUUCUCGAGCUGUGAAAGUGAUCUUACCAGCUGAAUCCCACAAGACUAAACACAUUGAUCCAUCUAAAGCAUAUGCAAGGGUUACUAGAAUGCAAAAACCAGCUAAUACCGCCCUUAGGCCCUUUUCAAAUAACAGAAUUAACAAAGAACCAGUCCUGCAUAGUGUCAAGGACAAUAAAUCAAGGUUUUGGUCAAGAUAAAGAUGGUGUGCAAGUGCAUUUCAUUUCUGUAAAGAUUUCUGUAUACUCUCUCGCUUGGCCUCUGUUAUGCUCCCAUUAACC